AAUGACAACAUUGAAUUUUUUUUUUCUUUCAUUUUAAUUUUUUGGUUUCUCUCCAAUUUUUUUAUGAUUUUAUUUCUUUUGAUUAGUUAAUUAUGAUUAAAGCUAUUCUAGUGUUCAACAAUUAUGGUAAACCUCGUUUAACCAAAUUCUAUCAUCACUAUCCUGAGGAUGUGCAACAACAAAUUGUCCAGGAAACAUUUCAAUUAGUAUCUAAACGUGAUGAUUCGGUGGUUUGUAAUUUCUUAGAGGGUGGAAGUUUAAUCGGUGGAUCUGAUUAUCGAUUGAUUUAUCGUCAUUAUGCUACUCUUUAUUUCGUCUUUUGUGUAGACUCUUCAGAGAGUGAAUUGGGUAUUCUUGAUUUAAUUCAGGUUUUCGUUGAAACUCUUGAUAAGUGUUUUGAAAAUGUUUGUGAACUUGAUCUGAUUUUCCAUGUUGAUAAGGUACAUCAUAUUCUUAAUGAAUUAGUGAUGGGAGGUAUGGUUUUGGAAACAAAUGCCAAUGAGAUUUUAUUGCGAAUUGAAGAGCAAACUAAAUUAGAGAAACAAGAGGCUGGACUAGCAACAGCUCCAGCAAGAGCAGUUUCUGCUGUUAAGAAUAUGAAUAUACCUCAACAAAUAAAGGAUAUGAAAUUACCUGAUCUACCAAAUAUUAGUGGAUUGAAGUUUUAAAAAUAUCUUUUUCACUUUCUUUGAUUGUUUUUCCCUUUUCCAUUGGUAAUUUGUUGAUUUUUUUUCUUACACACACACACACACACAUUUAAUUGAUACUUAUAAAAUAAUUUCUCCCACUGGUUAAUUGUUGUACGACAAAAAGGUUCACACUUGACCCAUCCAAGUGAAAGCAGAAAAAGAAAAAGAAAAAGUGAAAGUUUGAACCCAAUGAUCAUGAAGAACUGGUCAUUUCGUUAAUUCAUUUAACAAUUUAAUCAUGGAUCAAAUUACCAAGUGUUUUACGGGUUCACUAUCAAUUCGAUGACGAUAAAAGAAAUGGCCUCAAGUUUAUUGGAAACUUGAAUUCUUACGAAACAAUCGACUUGAUCCAAGAAUAUCAUUUCGUUCUUAGCGUUUUUCUUUACGAUCUUCAUGUUUGACUUAACUAAUUGUUGAUGUUUAAUUUGUUGGACAAAUGAUCUUCUAUCCUCGUCUAUUCAAAUGUUAUAAUCUUUGAUUAAUCGGACACCGAUAAUUGUUAUCACCAUCAUCUAUCAAGAUACAGAGUUUAUCUCAUUUGUAUCUUACAAAUAUUACACAACAUUUUGUCCAUUGAGAAUCCAUCCAGUUAAAGGAGAAAAUUAAAUUAUAUCCAAGUAAUAAAUUAAUAUUUAUCUACAUAAAUAUUACUUAUUGAAUGUUUGUUAACAAUCACAGUUAAUCAACUUUUCAUAUCCUUAUUGUUAAUUUGAAAUUUCUUGAAUCCACUGGACGCAGGCAUUGAAAUGGAAACUUGUAACUCUCUCAAAGCCAAUCUACCUCGAGAUAAAUGCAUUCUGAUCACUUCCUGUUGGAAUUAAAAAUUGAUAACAAUUAACACAAUUUUAUUAGAAAUAACAAUUGGUUAAUACUAUGGAAAAGUCUUUCUCUUGGUCUCCUUGGGAUUAAAUUGGACUAUUUACCUCAUCUUUUACACUCUUGUUCAGUUGGAAAUCUUGGCGAAUCCAUUGUUUCAAUUCAUUCUUACUUUUAAUAUCGUUAAUUGGGUUAAUUGUUCGGAGAAAAUCUCGAUAAAGGUCCAUCACUUGACUUCUAAGAAUAAACUGAAACACAAAAAGAUUCACCAAAUUAACAGAAUUACUUCUUGUAUCACUUAUGGAAUAUCACAGAAUACAUACUCUAGAUAAUGACAGAGUCUCUUUAACCAUGGUUAUUGAUAAUUGAGAAGGUAACAACAAUUAAGAAAGAAAAAUUAAAUAAAUCAAAGAUUAAAGGAGAGAGAGAAAAACAA